GAUUGACUACUCUUAUUAAUAUAUAUGAUCGUAUACAAGACUAUUAUGAUCAAGCAAAGCUUGUCUACAUAGCGCAUAUUGGUUCUUCAAUGGCUGAUAAAAUAGCCGAUGAAAAAUUAGACAAUGCUGUUAAUGAACUAAAACGAGAGAUAAGGUUCAAUAUUAUAUUAGGGCAUUUAAAAAGAGCUACCAAUGCAUUCAAGCAAUGGGUAUUUCCAUUUGCAAAUGUUGAAUUUCAUAGUGAAAAAAUAUCCACUGAACCAUUUUUUGUAUGGGAAAAUGACAAAUAUAGCCAUGAAAUAUCAAAACUGCUAAUUGGAGAAGAGAUAACUAUAAAAGCAGAUAUAACAAAGAUCGAUUCUAAUAAAAGUGCAGUCAAGUUUAAUGAGAUAG